AUGUUGGCUGCACCGGCAACCACCACAUUGGAUCGAAUUCAGUCCGAGAUUAAGAAGAUGCGAGCUGAACGCUUUCAGCAAACUCUCGAAAAGGAAUCAAGGAAUAUGCAGAAGAAAGACCAAAUGGAAGAAAAAUACCCCUUGAAGAAUAGUAAUAAAGAUCCAACCAGCGAUAUACUGAAUCAUUACCGUAUGCACAAUAAACCGAACGAUGCCUAUUACAAGGGAAAGGAGGUGAUAGAAGGUUUAACCAAAGCAGAUUCACUCGCGUAUGAAUUAUUUCUGAAUCAUCUUGACGAAAUUAUGCGGCCUAAAAGCAAGGAAAUCACGAAAAAGUACGCGGAGAUCUUCUUUCCCCAUAAGAAAAUGCAGCAUGAGCAACUAAAGCUUUUGGAAUUGCUCGACAAACUUGAGGGUAGCCACCAAUCGGAGAAGGAGAAGCUCCAGCAGCGUAUUUCGGAUGAAACGUCGCCGGCGAAAUUAUCGCGGCUUGCUUGGCUGAAUGCGCUCGACACAUGUGAUGAGCAUGAAAUCAGCUUUAUGUGGAAACGUGGGAUACUCGACGCGGACGUUAUUGAAGCCCUCUUAGCAUCGCCAGUGGAAAAUUCAGAAACGACGGAAGGAACCUCAAGCCAUCCUGAAGAUUCAUCCGUCGACGGUGAAGCGGAAAGUGAGCUGUUUCUGCUCGAAGAAAAAAUACAAAAGAUUCGUCAAUGCUAUUACUCAAAGGAGCUCACCUCGUCGAUUCGCGAGGCACAUCUCGCUGGGAAGCCCACGUGCGACCUCGCCCCUAUCCUCCAAAAAGUUAAGCAACGGCAGUUCGACGACAUCUCCGCCAAGGAGCUCCGUCAGCUCGAAAAACUCGAAGAAACCCCCUUCACCCAUCUCGGCGAGCAGCCGUUACGUGGGGUAAAACUCACAGCCUCCCUCCUCGCACGCGCCUUGCAGCCGAGCAACGAGGUUCUCUUCGCGGUCGCGCAAAAAGACGCCCGCGUUCGUCAAUCUCUCGAGGGGCUCGAGCAGAUUAAACGCGCGACGAUCCUCGAUCCGGAAUUUCAAGCCGCCGUGGAAUUCGCGCACGGGUUGGAGGAGCUCUCCGUGGACGGGCACGUCCGCCCUUUCGGAGAUGAGAUUGGGAAGGAAAGCGUGGAAACGAAAAAGGACGAAACCGCCGACAUCCAGGAAGGGGUUCGUCGAGUGCGGGAAAGGCUGCGUUCGUCGCGGCGAAAACGUUCGAUGCGGGGUAGUUUUGGCGUCCGUGGGGCCGUCGCGCGGCCGUUUCACGCCGCGGAUAUUCCGUAUUUCUUUGGCUCCCCCGAUAGCGUCGUGCCGCGGAAGGGUGAUUUCAACCUCCCCUUGCCCGCGCCAUCUCCGGAGGAAAAGGCGGCCUUGCGUGGGAGGCGGCGACGCGUGAUAGGUCGUAGACGCUUUGGAAACUGA